AUUAAUCAUCAUGGAGAACAAUAGAUGCAAGCGGGUUCUUAUGAUCACGUUAUUUCUUACUUUCACCACCCUUUUGAACCUCUCACUAGUUCUCGCCAAAGAAACCGAAACAUAUAUUGUCAAGUUACACUCUCCACAUGACCACACAUUUGCUGAAACCCAAGAUCUUGAAAGCUGGUACAACAAGUUCUUGCUACACACAAAUGCACUGGACUUGGAUGAGAAACCACAGAUGGUUUACGCAUACCGUAACGUACUCAAAGGGUUUGCAGCGAAAAUGACGGUUGAGCAAGCAAGGGAAAUUGAAAAACUAGAUGGAGCGCUAUUAGUUCGACCUCAACGUGUACUGUCUUUACAUACAACACAUACUCCUAACUUCUUGGGAUUGCACCAGAAUUUUGGUUUCUGGAGAGAUUCAAACUAUGGGAAGGGAAUCAUUAUUGGCCUUCUUGACUCUGGGAUUACUCCUGGUCAUCCUUCUUUUAACGACACAGGCAUAGAUCCUCCACCAGCUAAAUGGAAAGGCAAAUGUGAAGUUGAGGGGUGUAAUAACAAACUGAUUGGUGUUAGGAAUUUCUUUACCGAGGAAACCGUUUCUCCAUUUGAUGAAGAUGGACAUGGAACACACACCUCAAGUACUGCAGCUGGAAACUUUGUUGAAGGUGCUACCACUCUUGGAAAUGACAAUGGUACUGCUGUCGGGAUGGCUCCACUUGCACACAUAGCCAUGUAUAAAGUGUGUGGUGCGGUUACUUGUGGUGAGAGUGAUAUGUUAGCUGCUAUGGAUGCAGCUAUUGAAGAAGGUGUAGACGUGCUUUCUAUCUCCAUUGGUGCACAAUCCACUCCUUUUUAUGACGAUUUGGUGGCUAUAGGUGCUUUUGCCGCAAUGCAAAAUGGGAUAUUUGUGAGUUGUUCUGCAGGAAAUUCGGGGCCUUUGAAUGGAACUUUGGAGAACGAGGCACCAUGGAUUCUCACAGUUGGAGCGAGUACGAUUGACAGAAAGGUAACUGCUACAGUGAAACUUGGGAACGGGGCGUUACUAGAUGGAGAAUCGCUCUUCCAGCCUAAAGAUUUCCCAGAAACCCUCUUGCCACUGGUCUACCCAGGGAUGAGUGGCAAUCAAAAUGCCAUGUUUUGUGAUACCCCCGGAUCCUUAAACCAGACCGAUGUAAAAGGAAAGGUAGUGAUUUGCCAUAUAGGUGGUAGCCUUGGACUAACUGAUAAAGGACAAAUAGUAAAAGAUGCUGGUGGAGCUGCUAUGAUUCUCACAAACGAGGAGAUAGAUGGAGCUAGUACAAUAGCUGCUGCACAUGUACUCCCUGUAUCAUAUGUCAAUUAUAAAGAUGGACUUAUAAUUCUAGAAUACUUGAGGUCAGGUCCAUCACCAGUUGCUACCAUCAUAUUCCAUGGAACUGUCAUUGGAGAUAAAUCAGCUCCUCAAGUGACCUCUUUCUCUUCACGAGGGCCUAAUCUAGCAAGUCCUGGAAUUCUAAAACCGGAUAUUAUUGGACCUGGAGUUAACAUUCUUGCGGCCUGGCCUACCUCUGUAGACAACACAACAACAACCAGCCCAUUUAAUGUUAUUUCAGGCACAUCAAUGGCUUGCCCUCAUCUCAGUGGGAUAGCAGCAUUAUUGAAAAGUGCACAUCCUGAUUGGUCUCCUGCUGGAAUCAAAUCCGCUAUCAUGACCACUGCUGAUUUGUUGAACCUAAACAACCAACCGAUUCAGGAAGAAAGGGAGCUUCCAGCCAGCUUGUUUGCUGUUGGGGCUGGCCAUGUCAAUCCAUCGAAAGCUAAUGAUCCUGGACUCAUUUACGAUAUCCAAGCUGAUGAUUACAUACCUUACUUGUGUGGAUUAGGAUACUCAAGUGGGCAAGUUACAACCAUCGUCCAAAAACAAGUUUCUUGUUCAAAUAUAACAGGCAUCCCUGAAGCACAACUAAACUAUCCAUCAUUUGCAAUCACACUGAGUGGUAAUGUAACAAAAUCAUACACCAGAACAGUGACCAAUGUUGGGGACGCUAAUUCUUCUUACACUGUGAACAUUAUCACGGCACCAGGCAUGAGUGUUACUGUGUCACCCUCUACACUCAUAUUCUCAGCAGUUAACCAGAAAUUGUCGUACCAGGUGACAUUCAAUCCUGCAGGAUCUGCACCAAAUCAGUUUGUUGAAGGUGCCCUCGAAUGGAAAUCCACAAAGCACUCGGUUAGAAGUCCCAUUUCCAUCAAAUAUGCUUGAGUGAGUAGACAUAUAUUGCUUUUAUUGGAGAUUCAAUGGCUGAAUUUACCAAAUAUUAUCUACCUUGAAUUUGUUGACAUUAGAUAAAGAAGUGUUCAUGAUGUUUCAUCAUAACCACUAGAAAAAAGCUUAUUGCAUGUCAUGAAUGUCAUUGUCGACAUCUUUCUUAUGUAGAAUUCCUUUCAUUUUAAGUUGUCUGGAUAUCAUAAAUCGCCAUGCUCACAA